AGGAGAAGAAGAACUGACAUCAACACACACCUUACGUCAGGCGAGAAAGCGUAGAAGAAGCUUCACGAGAAAAAAAAAUACAUAUAUAAUAUCAACAAGAAGCAGAUUUCUGAAGGCAUAAAGAAAACAGGACAGGCUGCGGAAAUGUCCAAGAGGCCAAUGAGAGCGGCGGAGGAGCGCGUGGAACCGUAACGGCUAUGAGUUUCUCUGUGCACAGAGAAAUCUUAGAUGAAGCGAUGCUUGAGAAAGAACACAGGCAUGUCCAAGACGUUAAGGAUGAGCAGGAGGACUUUGCAAUUUGCAAUUCACCUGAAGGACUUGCAGGAGGAUGUCAGAGUGUCACUGAACCAAGUAAACGGACCUCUGCAGAGAUGGAUCCCGAGACACACCAGUCCACGAGUAGCAAGAGAGUUCGAGUGUCUGACAAGACGGGGCGACACUUCCUAGAAGAGAGCAGCACAUAUGAACCUCUGUGCCUCGCUACAAAUGGAGAGAACAGAGACCACGGCCAGGAGAAAUCCACACUGUCCUACAGAAAACCUCUCUUCAGCAUCUCCCACAGGAUCACAGAGAAGAGGAACACGCCGAGUCUGGAGCAACAGGCCGCACACGGUGCCAGCAUUCAGCUCAAUUACAGAACUGACCUCUCACCCCGGGUCCAAGGUUCAGAGGAAAAUGGCUCGUUUGGCUCCAUAUUAGGGCAGACUGCGUCUCCAGACUCGAGCCUGUAUCCACUGAUCGAAAAAAUGUUUUACAUUCUUAAUACCCUCAAUUCAAGCAUGACUCAGCUGCACAGCAAAGUGGACUUGCUGACCCUUGAAGUCAUGCGGAUAAAGAAGCAGAUCAAACCAGCUGAGAUGCUGAGCGACUUCCAGCCUCCCCCCGAGUAUCUGCUUACAAGCAACGAACUGAAUCAGCUGAUGGAGCAGACGUCCAGUUCCGGGGAGCUUGGGUGUCGGCUGCUGGUGCAUCUCUUCCCGGAGAUGUUCAAAGCCAGGGAAUGUUCUCACGAGUGCACAGCAAGUAAGAGAACACUGGAGUCACUACAUCUGCAGCUGAUCCGGAACUACGUGGAGGCAUGUUACCCUUCUGUCAAGAACAACAGCGUCUGGCAGGAGGAGUGCCUGCUUCAGAUUAAUGAUUUUUUAAAUCGGUUCUGGGCCCAAAGAGACAUGGAAAGUGCGUGGCUGCCGAAGAAGCAGACAGCUGCAGGUGGUGGGGUAAAGGCAGAGCAUCCGCAAAGCUAUGACUUCAUUAAUGAACAGGGUCAGGCAGAACCCGUCUCUCUAGAUAACCAACAGAGCAGCCUGGCUGGCUCAGACCUUACCUUCAGUACUCAAGCCACAGAGGAGCUGGAUGAUUCCUCCUCCCCUGAGGACUUUGUUAUUUUUCUUAUGCACCGCCUCUUCCCUGAGGUUUUUGAAGAGGGAAAACUGCCAGAAGGUUCUGGCAGUUUUAGUAGUGUGGGACAGCUGAUUCUGGACUCUGACAAGAUGGUAAUCAUAAGAAAGUACAUGGAAGCAAACUUUCCUGAUGUUCCAGAAGAGAGCUGGCUGCAGGUGUGCAUUCAGCAUAUGGAAGACACGCUGGACGGUCCUCACAGUAACAGCAACGGGAGUGAAACUGAUAACUACGAUCUGGCCAACCUUUCCGACGAUGUUUCGUCCUUUAAAGUUUCUGACUUGGGUGAUAUUGAAAGGCGCAGUCGCAAAUCCAAGAAGUCCCUGCUGUCACCCGUAGAUUUUGACAAUCUGAAGAUUCCACUUCCAGACUUUAUUGUUCCACAGGAGUACAUUUUGUCCAAGGAGAAGCUGAAGAACAUCUAUGAAUGUAGCUUGUCCAUUGGGAACUUUGCUUCUCGGCUGCUGGUGCUCAUGUUCCCUGAACUCUUCACCCAGGAGAACACACGGAAGCAGUACAACUGUAGCGGUUCCCUCGGCAAAAAGCAGCUCGACCCUGUUCGCGUAAAUUUGAUCCGUCACUAUGUGCAGUUAGUCUACCCACGGGCCAGGAACGACAGAGUGUGGAUGUUGGAGUUCGUGGGGAAGCUUGACGAGCGGUGCAGAAGACGCGACACAGAACAGAGACGAUCAUACCUGCAGCAGCGUAAAGUUUAUGGCCAAGAGUCAGACCAAGAAGCAAGGGACUUUCUCUGCCAGCUGAACCAGUUUCAUUCAGACAGCAUGAGGGAGGAUCCAGAUGUUGCCUCUUUACCCCCAGAAAAAAGCAGCAAAGACUUCUGCAAGAUCCCUCUGGAUGAGCUGGCUGUAUCCACCCCAGACUUCCCCGUACCGUCUGUGUAUUUGCUGUCAGACUCGGAGAUUCGGGAAGUCGUUCAGCAGAGUCUCUCUGUUGGUAAUUUUGCUGCCCGUCUGCUGGUGCGCCUCUUUCCCGAGCUCUUCACCCAGGAGAACCUACGGCUGCAGUACAACCAUUCAGGGGCCUGCAACAAGAAGCAGCUGGACCCUGUGCGCCUGCGGCUGAUCCGUCACUACGUGGAAGCGGUGUAUCCCGUGGAGAAGAUGGAGGAGGUGUGGCACUAUGAAUGUGUGCCAAGCAUUGACGAACGCUGCCGGCGCCCCAAUCGCAAGAAAUGUGACAUUCUUAAGAAAGCCAAGAGGUCGAGCACUGUGAUCUAGUUACAUUUCUUCACGGGAGAGGUUACAGUUUGUCAGUAAGAUAAUUGCACAUUAUGUAUAAGCUGAAAAUGCAUCAGUUCGCUUUUACAAACUGUCACGUGGAGGAUGAAACCAAGAUGGUCCGUUUUGUUUCAGGGCUGUUCUUGGUCCUAUUUUACCUUUUGACUGCAGCAGUAGAUGUUGUAGUUUACACAGUCUUAUUCUUGUUGGAUUAAGAAUUUAAACACCUAUUUAUAAGCCAAAACGGUUACAUCGUAUCUGAUAUACUUUCCUGAUAAACAUUGUAGCCUUAACAGUGAUAGUAGGUAAUGGCAUAGUUGAGUUUUACUGUAUGGACAUGAAAUCAGUCAGUGAUUUUUUUUUUUUUUUCCUUUCUUCAUUGCAGUUACUGAUGUAGCAUCAUGCCACCACUGUAUAAAUAAUGUGCUUAUGUUAAGCCUUCUUAUAGAACUUUGUAUUAAUGACAA